AUGAGCAGAAUUCUCCAGAGCAAGUACUUCCCCAGCAGCUCAAUCUAUGAAGCAAAAUCAUCCCCUUGCAGCUCAUGUCUCUGGAGAAGAUGGAUGAAAGCUUGCCCCUCUUUUCAGCAAGGUCUUAAAAUGAAGAUUGGUGAUAGGAAGACUACCAAUAUCUGGGAGCACCUUUGGGAUCACUCAGUCUCAAGCCUCAAAUGGCUGAAAAUUGAUUUUUGUCCUCCAAACCUCACAUGGGAUAGAGCUUACCACUUAUAUCCUAUGGUCUUUGUGGAAGUCCCUGAGCUUAUGGACCUUUCAAAGACUAGGAUGCCAAAGAAAAAGGUCAUCAAAUUUGAUCUGUUGGAGCGGCAGUAA